GUAUCCUAGUCAUCUCUUUCGCUCUAGACAGAACAAUUGUAGCAACUCCACGCGUUACAUUUUUCAAUUCUAUGCUCCACGCGUUAAUAUAUUAAAGCAAUCUAAAGAAUUUACACACAAUGAUAGUGUUAAUAUUCGUGCGGGACCAAAGAUAAGCAAAAGUGAGAUCUUUGUCUAGUUUCUCGGAAAGGUUGACACUACAAUGGAGGUAGUGAAGAAGUGAUUUCAGAGCUACACUGGUAUCCUUUUUGGCAUCAUGGCAGAGUCUCUUAGCAUGGGUCGUAGCACGUCUGUGCACGUGUGGAUUUGCCCAGAAGGUAAGCUUUACCUCAGCUUUUGUGUUCUACAGAACGAACCAAAAUACCUAAGUAACGAUUUAAUAACGGUGUUACUUUUGAUUUGCAGUAACACUUGCCCAAAGGAGAUCUUGAAGCCGUUGCCAGGCUUCCUGCCGGAUUGCAUCGGGGUUAGGUGGCCUAGCGCCAUCAUUUACGACUAUGAAAAGCUCAGUGGGGAGCUGAGCGAGAGCUCAGGAGAUUACUACGUCAUUGAGAUCAGCAUCAAUGUUGAGGUAAAUCCAAUAGGGACAGACUCGCGCGGCGAGGCAACUUCCUUGAAGCGUUUGGCUAAAAAUUUAAGUGCCAACAAGACCACUCCACAGGAGUUUUUGAAAUUAACCUGGGCGUGUCUGUUCAAGAUCUUCACAGAUUAGUCGAUGUUAUGCAAAAAGGUGAUGUGGGAGUUCGACCUAAUCAUGAAUCGAAGCCUGGGAUUUCAUAGACACAUGCCCAACAUGGAGGAACUGGAAGCGGUGCCUCUCAAUGAAUAGGACUAUUGCGAAGUCCAACAUGCUGAUAAGCUUAAAGAAAACCUCAGCGCUGAUUACCUAUAUUAAUUGUCUAGGUUGCAAAUAAAGGAAUAAUACGAAUAAAACUGUCAUAUGUCUGCUUGAAGGCCUAUAAAGUAUUACCAAACACGUGGGAGGAGUGAAAAGCACCUUUGUACGGCUAUUAAUGCGUCCGACUUGCACGCGUUAAAAAGAGAAAAAAAUGGAUCCUUUUUUUUAGGAAGAAUCGAGUAAAAAUUAUGCAUAUUUCUACCUAGGAGCAUCAAUAUAUGCUUGUUCGUAUGUUAUUUUUUCCAUCAGAAAAUAAUUUGUCGACUCACAGAAUUCUUUCUACAUAUAAGAACUCAACACUCCUGGCAUUAUCCAUUGUGAUCCCUUGGAUGGGUAAAAUAGUAUUCACAAAAAAUCUGUAGUCUUCUCAAUUCUGAGACCUUUUGCCUUUUGUCCUUAGAAUUUCUCUUUUUUUCUUCACACGAAUGGAUAACAAUAUUUAUCUAGGACGGAUUCAGCAAGACGAUCACCCUUAAACAAUCUCUUAUAUUGAGAAAUUUUUCCCCAUAAAAGGUUCUUAUGAUGCCCUUUUGGUGUUUCCAGGCAUCGUGGCGUAGUUCCACGCCUAGAUAAGUAUUCCUUCCACACCUGUGACACUUUUUCGCAUGAUCGUAUCCUCCAGGGUGAUACUGCGGUUGGGCAUGCUUCAGUGCGCCCUGAGUGGCAAUACCAAUGGAACUCUUUAGGUUGAAAUAUCAAUGGUGGGAAAUCCCAUCUAUGUGUGUGUCGUCCUCUCAAAAGGUCCGCAAACACUGUAACCCCCUCUCCCCUCCCCCUCACACAGUUGCAUGCGCCUGCGAACUCUCUGUGAAAGAUGAUGGAAUUAAGCUUCUUUCCCCUAAGUACUACUCCGUGGCCUGUAGAUUUUGCUGAUUAGAGCUCCUUCCGCAGGAAUUCUGUGAGAACGUCACAGCAGCGGCAUGCAUUCUAAUCAAUCUUGUUAGUAAAAUUAGAACGCGGCAGAACAUGAUAGUACACACUAGGAGUAUCAAGAAUAUAACAACAAAUGAAAUGGAUCUAAACUGUGUGUCAGAGGAAAGAGACUUAUAAUACAAGCUGGAUUGAGGAAAGGGGCUUUAAAAUUUGUAGAUAAUCCUUCAUGGUGUAGUUCGCUUUGGUUUACUUCUUUAUUAUUGCCGAUUCAAAUCACUGAAUGCGUCUUUUAAAAA